CAAGGUGGCUGUUUUCAUAAUUGACAUUUUAAUGGGGGCUAUCGAUGUAGUCGGAGCUUGAUUCCACAAAGCCUGGUUUCGGCUCCAUGUCGUUGGUGGAGUUCAUCAGAAACUUCCUUCACUAUUGAGUGCCAUUUAGUCCGCUAUAGUAGCCUAGGGGUUGGUGUUGAUCCACAGCUAAGCUGAGGUUUGUCUCCCAGCCAUGCUUUGAUUAAGUAAAUAUAUGGUCUUGACGUGUUAUUGUAUUACAUUGCAGUACACGGUAUAAUAGCCUUGGUUUUGAUCUACUGAAAGAGCAAAUUGCUGGAAGUAGCCUACAGGAAGCUGCACUAUUUCCACUUGCCUGUCUCUUUAUGAAUGUAGUGAAUUCAAUUCAGAAUUUUCAAAUGACUACUACUCUUAUAAAAAAGGUAGCAAAUAUAUGCACUAUAAAAUGGCAUUCAGCAUUGCCUAACUUCGCUGCAUAUUGAGUGCCUACGCCAAAAUGGGUAUUUUCGAGUAAAUAGACAUACAUACCCGGUUUCUAAGUAACCAACAGAAUAGCUUUAUUUUUAUAUUCAUCCUUUACAUGGCCUGUGGGAAUUUAAAAAAAGCAUAUUUGGGAUGGUUGGGUGUUUUUCAGUUGCUACUAGCAACAUGAGCACCUCAUCCCUGUAAUACAGCACUGUAUAUUCCCGAUAAGUCAAAUCAAAUUGUAUUUGUGAGAUGUGCCGAAUACAACAGUGAAAUGCUUACUUACAAGCCCUUAACCAACAAUGCAGUUUUAAGAAAGAUAAAUGUUAUGUAAAAAAUAGUAAAAAUAAGCAUAACAAAUAAUUAAAGAGCAACGGUAAAAUAACAGUAGCGAGGCUAUAUACAGGGGGUACCGGUACAGAGUCAUUGUGCAGGGGCACAGGUUAGUCGAGGUAAAUGAGGUAAUAUGUAAACUACUGUUCAAACAUUUGGGGUCACUUAGAAAUGUCCUUGUUUUUGUAAGAAAAGCAAUUUUUUUGUCCAUUAAAAUAACAUCAAAUUGAUCAGAAAUACAGUGUAGACAUUGUUAAUGUUGUAAAUGACUAUUGUAGCUGGAAACGACAGAUUUUUUUAAAUGGAAUAUAGGCGUACAGAGGCCCAUUUUCAGUAACCAUCACUCCUGUGUUCCAAUGGCACGUUGUGUUAGCUAAUCCAAGUUUAUAAUUUUAAAAGGCUAAUUGACCAUUAGAAAAACCCUUUGCAAUUAUGUUAGCACAGCUGAAAACUGUUGUUCUGAUUAAAGAAGCAGUAAAACUGGCCUUCUUUAGACUAGUUGAGUAUCUGGAGCAUCAGCAUUUGUGGGUUCGAUUACAGGCACAAAAUGGCCAGAAACAAAGAACAUUCUUCUGAAACUUGUCAGUCUAUUCUUGUUCUGAGAAAUGAAGGCUAUUCCAUGCGAGAAAUUGCCAAGAAACUGAAGAUCUCUUACAAUGCUGUGUACUACUCCCUUCACAGAACAGCGCAAACUGGCUCUAACCAGAAUAGAAAGAGGAGUGGGAGGCCCCGGUGCACAACUGGGCAAUAGGACAAGUCCAUUAGAGUGUCUAGUUUGAGAAACAGACGCCUCACAAGUCCUCAACUGGCUGCUUCAUUAAAUAGUACCCGCAAAACACCAGUCUCAACGUCACCAGAAUCUUUGCUCAUAGCACUCUAUUAACAAUGAAUUCCCAAUAUGUCUUGUUUUUCAGGUUCUACUGUGUUACCUGCUGAUAAUGGUCCUUUCAUGUUAUUCUUCUGUUUUCUCCUUCUGCUAAAGUCACAUGGAAAAGGAGCACGGAGAAAAGGCAGAUUCAAAGGAUCAGACGGCAGCACCUCUUCAGAUACAACAACCAACAGCUUUGUGCGACAGGGUUCGGCGGACUCCUACACCAGCCGUCCAUCAGACUCCGAUGUUUCCCUGGAGGAGGAUAAGGAGGCAGUGCGACGAGAGGCAGAGCGGCAGGCUCAGACACAGCUCGACAAGGCCAAGACUAAACCAGUUGCAUUUGCUGUCCGCACAAAUGUCAACUACUGCGCCACCAAUGAUGAUGGCGUCCCCGUGCCGGGCAUGGCCAUCUCCUUUGAGGCUAAAGACUUCCUCCACGUCAAAGAGAAAUUUAAUAAUGACUGGUGGAUAGGUCGUCUGGUGAAGGAAGGCUGUGAAAUCGGUUUCAUCCCCAGUCCUGUGAAGAUCGAGAACACUCGGGUACAACACGAGCAGAGAGCCAAACAGGGCAAGUUCCACUCCAGUAAAUCGGGAGCAAACUCCUCUACCAGUUUAGGUGAAGUGGUUCCUAACUCGCGGAAAUCCACCCCCCCUUCAUCUGCCGUUGACAUAGACGCCACAGGCUUAGACCCCGAGGACAAUGAGCUUCCAGUCCACCUUCGCUCCCCUAAAGUCAGUCAGCCAAACACUGUCAUGUCACCCACCCUAGCCAAAGACAAACGAAUGCCCUUCUUUAAGAAGACGGAACACAUUCCUCCAUACGACGUUGUGCCUUCCAUGCGACCUGUGGUCCUGGUUGGACCGUCACUGAAGGGCUACGAGGUGACAGAUAUGAUGCAAAAAGCACUGUUUGACUUUUUGAAACACAGAUUUGAGGGAAGAAUAUCAAUCACUCGAGUCACUGCAGACAUCUCUCUUGCCAAACGCUCUGUCCUCAACAACCCUAGUAAACACGCCAUCAUCGAGCGAUCCAACACACGCUCCAACCUUGUAGCUGAAGUGCAGAGUGAGAUAGAGCGUAUCUUUGAACUGGCCCGGACCUUACAGCUGGUGGUUCUGGACGCAGACACCAUCAACCACCCGGCCCAACUGGGCAAGACAUCCCUGGCUCCUAUCAUCGUCUACGUCAAGAUCUCCUCUCCUAAGGUUCUGCAGAGGCUCAUCAAGUCCAGAGGGAAGUCCCAGGCUAAGCACCUCAAUGUCCAGAUGGUUGCCGCAGACAAACUGGCCCAGUGCCCUGCCGAGAUGUUUGACAUCAUCCUGGAUGAGAACCAGCUGGAGGAUGCGUGUGAGCACAUGGCUGAUUACCUGGAGGCCUACUGGAAGAGCACCCACCCCGCCAGCUGCAACCCCCCCAACCCGCUGCUGGCCAAGCUGGCGACAGACGCCCUGCCCUCCAGCCCCGCUCCCGUCUCCAGUAUGCAGGGCAGCGGGGCAGAGGAGAAAGUAGGGGACAAGGCAGGACAAGGUGGGGAGAGGAAGGGCUCCAGAGAGGACCACCAGCACCACCAUCACCACCACAGCCAGCAUCAGAGCCAGGAGCAGCCAGAUGGGGAGGGGGAGGAGGAGAGGGAGGAGGAGGAGAGGCCCCUAAGGACAGAGUCUUCCAGGAGACCCCAGCACGUCCACCACCGCUCCUCCUCCCAGCGAACUGAGCAGCACCACAACCACCACCACCAUCAUCGUGGUGGUGGUGGCCGGGCCAAGGGUCUCUCCCGGGGGGAGACACAGGACUCAGAGACCCCCGAGAGCCGGGAGAGCAGAGAAAGCAGAGACUCAGCGUACAUAGAGCCCCUGUCUCAACUCCUACACCAGGAAGAGGAGGAUGAUUUUGGAGAGGAGUAUGAUGAGGAUGGGCUUGAAGAGGGGGGGCACCCCCAGCAGCAGCAGGGGCGCUACGAGGCCCAGCCCCAACCCAGGGACCAUCAUCAUCACCACCACCACCAUCACCGCGCUGGCGAGGAGGCGGGCCAUAGCACAAUAGGACACCACCGUUCUAAGGAGCGUAACGAGCAGGACCACAACGAGCGCAACAAGCAGCGCAGUCACCACCAUCAACGACCGGCCCGCGACCACCACCACCACCAGUACUAUGACCGCGACCGGGACAGGGAGGGGGAGGUUGCCCCCAAAAAGAGGGGUGACACAGAGGACUGGGCCAGAGACCCCUAUAUUCACCAGUGACAGCCUAGCCCCGAGACUCCAACCCCUCACACACUGAGACAGUGGAAGGACUCCCAUCUCUCUGAAACCGUUCUGUUGUCCCAUCUUGCUGCUACACCCGUUUAUGUAUGCUUCCUUUGUAAAGGCCGUUGCAUCCUUGGCAAUGGCAGUAUUUUUAUUAUAUAUAGUAAAUAAAUAUAUAUAUAUAUGUGUGUGUGUGUGUGUGUGUGUGUGUGUGUGUGUAUCGAUACAUAGACAUUUUCGUUUAUGUGUGGAUAUGCAUGGAUCUUCUCAAAUAUGCAUAUUUUAAACCUGUGUUUGAUGAAGCAUGACACAACAGCAGAAUUAUCUUCUGUACUGUACUGCUUUCUGUGACUAGCAUUUAAAAAUAUUUGUCAGGGUUUUUUUAUUUAUUUUUUGUAUGCUGCCACUUAAAAGAAGAAUUUGUUCAUUCAGACUACUGUUAGCAAUGACUGAGAAGUGGGAAACCAUGUAACUGGGUUAAAUGCUAUAUAUUUGCAAUUGUUUUUGUUUAAUUUAAUUGUUCCUGUUUUCUUGCUUGCGUUUAAAAAAAAAUCUGCAUUGUUCAUUUUCGGUGUUUGGUCCUCUGAUGUUGAUGCUGCCUCUCCAUUGGGGCACACCUUAGUCUGGCCUUACAAGACAAAAAGAAUAGUGACAUUACAGUACUGUUGUUCAAUUUAUAAAGGGUCCAGAAACAUUUUGUAACAUUGAUACACACUCUGUUCAGCACUUUUAGUACAAAAUACUGUAGACUGAAUCACAUUGUUGGUGUCAGGUGUACAACUAUUUUAUAUUUUAGAGUAGAGUUAUCGGGUCAAAUCAAUCCACUUUAUUCCAUGAUGGUAUGUCUUUUUAAGUGAAACCCUUUCUUAUGGACAGUUCCAUGCACUUAGUACAGUCCAAUUAGCUAUAAAUGUGCGUUGUGAGAUACCCCAAAAAUAUUUCCUUGAAUUAUAUUUAUUUUCGAUGUCUAAUUGAAAAUCAAUCACAACCACUGAGUGAAAUCAACUGGAUGCUAAAGGUUAGCCUUUCUGCUAGGCUAUGGUGCUCAAGAACAGUUGUAAUAACCUAGUUAUAACAUAGCUCCAGUCCAGGGCGUUACAUGUGGCUUUCUAACGCUGAGCCUCAGUGCCAGCAAGCCCCACAUAACGCACUGGACAAGAGCUAGUUAUAAAGUUAGCAUUGAAGAUGAGGUUAGGGUCCUUACUUGAGGAAAUGUGAUGUAGGUGAAUGUCUGAGUUAUAAGAAGUAGAUCCCUAGUGAGGUUUCUUAGUUCAGGCUGCCCUCUGUAAGGAGGUUAGGGGUAUGUGCCCCAAAUGUCACCCUGCUCCCUAUAUAUAGUGCACUACUUUUGACCAGGGCCCAUAGAGAUCUACUCAAAAGUAGUGCACUAUUUAGGGAAUAGGGUACAAUUUGAGAUGCAUCCGAGGUCACAUACUCUGGCCCUCUGUUUACAUUACCACCAACCAGCCAGUCCGCUAGAACAAUUUUCAGUUUUUGGUUUUAUUUUUGCCUAAAAUAUUAUGAUUAUCCAUUUAUAUGCUACUCUAGUAGCACUACACAUUUUUAAGAGUGUACAUAUGUAUGUACAUAUGUAUAAAUACAAAAAAAUAAACUUGGCAACAAAGAAUUGAUGUACAAGAA